AUGGAAUCUUCAUUAUAGGGGGGCUAGGUCCACCGACCGUUUAAUGUCUUCACUAAUAUGAAUAGUACAAAUUAAUGAAUUAUCCCACCACCUAGCCAAUUCCCCACAGGCCCCAAAGCAUUUUUAUCUGCCCCCUCUCCUCAAAAAAGAAAAACCAAAAGAUGGAAGCUCUGAUUUCUCAGUUCACGAUCCUCUCCGACCAAGCCCUCUGCGAUAAGAACUUUGAUCCCCAAGCCAUUGAUGACGUCAUGAAGCUCUUCGAGCUCGAGGCCUACAAGGCCUGGGCGGCCAUGGAGCUUGAUCAGGAGAAACAGGUCGAAGAAGCAGAGACUCACAUGAAGGAAGCAGAGGACCAUGUCAACUCUGUCAUGGACAGCGCCAUGGAGGAGUUCCGGCGGUUCGAGGAGGAGAUGGAUCGGAUGGCUCAGGCGGAGCACGAUAGUCUGGCCGGCGUCGCCGACAAGGCGUGGGGCGUCGGGAAGGCCGUGGAGAGGGCGGCCACCGUCGCUGCGAAGAAGUAUAUCGAAGCUGCCGUCAAUUCUGCUACCUCUUCCAUGAGAUCCGCCGUCAAGGCGGUUUCUUCCCGUUCCAAAAAGGUUCAUCCUUCUUGAAGAGCAAUCAAUUGAGUGAAUUGACUAUUUCUGCAAUCAGUAGUUAUGCUGUGAACAAUAAUGGGUAAUUUGGUGUAUCAUAAAUGAAAAUUUCCAUGAAAUGAUGAAUCCACGAAGCAGUUCGUAGAUUUUUGUUUGUUCUGGUCCGAUCGGUGAAGAUAAUUGCUUUGAUCGAUCUAAUUGAGAAGCAGAUUUUAGUCAGGAAAACUGAAAGCUAAACCAUUUGCAAGUUCAAUUAAAAUUCGAUUUCUCGUUAGAUCUAAUUAUCCAGUAUCUCAUUUUCGGAUUGUUCCAUCAUUUGCAGCCCAAUUUGAUCUCUCUUCCACUUUUAGUCCAAUUUGAUCAGUCAACUGGGAAUUCGCAUGGAAGGAAAAUUGUAUAAUCGAUCGAAUACAAAUGUUCAGAGCCCGUUACGUUCUAUAAUCGGCGAUGAAAUUAAGAAGAAUACCGGAGUAUAUUUUAUCAGUAAAAAAUACGGAGUAAUUUAU